AUGACGUACCGACCCGGGAAGGAGAACAUAAUUGCAGAUGCCCUGUCCCGGAAAAGCGAGAACUUCGAGACCGUCAGAGCCAGAGACCUGGAUUCCCGCACCAUGGAACUGGUCCCGAACGAUCGGGUACCCGCAGAAGUUCUCGAGGAGACACAUGUCGAAGCUGCUCCCCUAGACAUCGCGGCACAUUCUGAGGACCGCGGCCCAGCAGUAUCUGGGGAGGCACCAGCCGGAGUGUUCCUUGUGGAGCUGAUUGUCCGGGAAAAUGAGAAGCAGAUUCCCAAGGAGGACCGGCAGAAGGGAGAUCAGGAACCUUGGCAUACCGUGCUGGUGGACGGAAAGGACAUGCCGAAUGAUCGAAAUGGAUUCGACUACGUUUGGACGUUCAUCUGCAAACUGAGCAAGCUGAUUCUCACGAUUCCGGGGAAAAAGACAGACACCGCCGAAAGACUGGCCAAGCGAUAUUACCGCCGCGUGUUUGGCCACCUCGGUCUACCGAAGAUUUGGCUCUCCGACAACGGACCACAGUUCAUUUCGAAAUUCAUGGCCAAGGUCAACGAGAUGACGGGAACAGAGCACAAAUUCGGCAGUGCCUACCAUGCGCAGACUCAAGGAGGCGUGGAGAUUACCAACCAGUAUCUUGACCAACGCUUGACGUUUUACGUGUCGCAUGACUCGAUCGAGGCCUCUCAGGGCGAGCACCCCACGCGGCUUUCGUUCAUAUACCGACCGACAAGCAGGUCGGGGAUUGGACCGACGCCCAAAAUGCAGCCAAGGACUUUGUGA